AGGUCCCCACCUGCCACCACACCCCACUUGGACCCCAAUCCCAACCCACCUAAUACUCAUCCCCUCUUUCUCUCUCCAGCUUUGGAGACUACUCUCCCUCUCCUAUUGUACUCUCUCUCUCUUGACAGCAGUCAACCACAAAGAAUGAUCAAGAACCCCACCUUUGUGCAGUUUGGCUGAAAAUAUUUGUAACAACUUAAUCUCCAAGUUUCUCUCUCCUCUUUUUCUCUCUCUCUAACCGGGUCCUUCUUCAAUUGGGCAAUAUUUGUUUGAAUCGUGAACAAGUUUGUCACAAGACCCCAUAUGAAAAAAAAUUCAUGGAGUCACAGAGCAAUAACCAAAGUGUUACUACUACUACUAGUGGCUCAGACCACCAUGUCCACAGACAACAAACGGUUCGACCUGAACCGGGACCUGGGUCCGGUCCGGCCCCAGACCAUGGUCCAUUCAUGGGCUCCAUCUCAGAAUCACCUUUCUUCUCAUCAGACAACACCAACUCUGCUUCCACAAAAGUAGUCGCCAAGAAACCCUCCAAGGACCGCCACACCAAGGUCGACGGCCGUGGGAGGCGCAUCCGCAUGCCGGCCAUGUGCGCCGCCCGGGUCUUCCAGCUGACCCGGGAAUUGGGUCACAAGUCCGACGGGGAGACCAUCGAGUGGCUACUCCACCAUGCGGAGCCGGCGAUUAUCGCCGCCACCGGCACGGGCACGAUUCCGGCCAAUUUCUCGACCCUCAACGUCUCGCUCCGUAGCGGUGGCACCACCAUCUCAGCUCCGCCGACGAAGUCGGCCCCGCUCUUUGUCCACGGCAGCGGCGCCACCAUGUUGGGUUUCCAUCAUCAGCUCUCCGGUGGCGGUUAUGGAGAAGACUCGAGUGAGAAUUACAUGAAGAAGAGGUUCAGAGAAGAUUUGUUCAAAGAAGACAUUCAUCAAACAGUUGAUAGAAGUGGUGCAACCUCGCCUUCCGGAGCUAAACUAGAGAGAACCGUAAUUCAAGACCAAGAACCGGGUUCGGACCCAAAACCCGGUUCAGUUCAGCCAACGAGCUUCAUCCCAGCUCCGGCUAUGUGGGCCGUGGCACCGGCCACCACGAAUGGCGGCAGCGCUUUCUGGAUGCUGCCAGUGAGUGGUGGCGCCACUGCGGUGUCCACUGUGGGGACCGGCCAGCUGGAGCACCACAUGUGGCCGUACAAGGCAUCACCCGUGCAGAGAAUGGGUGGUUUCGAGUUCCCGGGCGGGGGCCGGUUCAGUCCGGUUCAACUCGGACCAAUGGUACUGCAACAGCCUCAGCCGGUUCAGCAGCUGGGAUUAGGUAUCUCAGAGACUACAAACAUGGGAAUGUUAGCAUCCAUUAAUGCAUAUAAUAACAGUGGUGGUGGUGGUAGGGUUGAUUUAGGUAUGAAUUUGGAUCAUCAUCAUCAUCAAAAUCAACCUCAAGCUAGUGACAGUGGUGAUGAAAACCCUAAGGAUUCUCAAUGAUUUCAUGUUAAAUACCACUUUCAAUCUUUUUUUUUGAAUGUAACUAUGUUAAAUCUUUUGAUGGUCUCUUUUAGUCUAUGGUUUGUGGUUUCCUUUUUGUGUUAUUUAUUUUUGGCUUCCUUUGGACCAACCACUAGGGAUUGUUGCCUUUGUUAAUGGAAAAAGUGGAGUAUGUUCAUUUGGGAUGUGAAUGACAUCAAAGCCCAAAUUUUCCUUCCUCAA